GGCCAUGUCAGUGUCACAUGAUCAGCCAACAGUAUCACGACUAAAGUAUCCCUCAAAGGUAGUACAACAAGUCUACACAAAACCCUCCUAUAAAAUGCCUCUUCACUAGCUCAUGGUUUUACCAAAUCCACCUUCUACACUGCUGAAAAAUCUCUAAUCACAGAAGCAAAACAGAGAGAGAAGACUGAGGAGUGGCACUAGUGAAAAUGAAGAACGCAGGCAAAGGUUCCAAGACCACCGUGAAGGCCGGCCAGGAUACGAGGAAGGACAGGAAAUCCGGCACCGGAAUGAAUGGAUCGCCCAAGAAGGGAGGCCAUGGAGGGAAGUUCACUUGGGCCGGCGACGGUUACUCCGACGCGGAGCUCGGACAGUUCCACGAUGCUGCUGCUAUUGAUGUGAAGGACCCAAAUUACGAAGAUCCGAUUAAAGCCGAGGAUUAAUUGAAGAGACUUUUCAUCAUCAUCAUCGUUUCUUCUUCUGCAUCAAUCAGGAGCCGAGAUCCAAUUUAAUGAUGAUAUUCUAAUUUUUAAUUAAGCUUUUAACUUUGAGAUGUAAAUAUGCAAUAAAUUUGAUGUUUCUGAACUCAUAGAUCUGUUCCUGGAUGCGAUGGUUAAGGUUAUAAAAAUGUAUUCCGAGAACUUUGACAUGGCAGUUAUUUCGAGUUUUUGGCAACACUGUGAUUUAUGGUUGGCUUAAUUCUUCUGUGUGAUGAAGAAGGGUUCUGGGAUGAUGAAAUUUUAAGUACAUUUACUGAUUUUUAGUACUUUCCUACGCUUUGAUAAUGACAGAUUGUUAUUAUACAUUAUCUUUCGCAGGCCAGUUUGUUUUGGUGGAAUGAAUUGUUUCAACUUUGAUAUUGUUUAUCAAAUAGCGAUUUUCAUGAUUUGAUGAAUAGUCAUUAGCUAUUGAUUGAUUGAGUUAUGUUGAUAAUGCAAAGAAAUUUGCCCCUCAUUGUUGUUCUAACUUCUAAGCUCUAUUGGGCCGCCAGUCAUUUUUACUUGGGAAGACUUUCUAUUUAGAGGAACUAAUUUGCUUUUUGGUCCUAAAUAUUUCCUUUAAUUCCUUGGUUGGUGACAAUUAGGCUUUUAUAUUACGUUAAUUUCUCACCCGGGGACUCAAUUAUUUACCCCCAUGAAUGGAACUGACUUACCUUAUAUAUAUACUAGUGAUGUGUUGCGCGACUCUGGUCCAGUCUAUCUGUAAAUCUUAGAAAUAAUUAUAUUUGAAAAAAAUAAAAUUUUGUAUUUGG